AUGCAUAAAAAGAGUAUAGAAGCAGCUGCUCACUUGGAAAAAGUUGGGGAUGAAGAAGAUGAGGAAGAUGAGGAAGAUGAAGAUAUUGAAGGAGGGCAUUUCAAUAAUAUCGGUUAUCAAAACAAAAAACAAAGAAUUUCAAUAAAGAAUGAAGGUGGGGGAAGAAGAAAUGGAGGGGAUGAAUUUUCUGAAGAAGAAAAAACACAAAAAAAUAUUAAAAUAAAUGAAGGGAGGAAAGAACAAAAUAAUAAAAAACAAAAUAACCAAAUGUCCUCAACAAAUUUAAAUUUAAUUAAUCCUUAUUUUGGAAUGAUGGUUUGA